GCGUUUUGUUCCGCUGCCACGCUGGUCGCGUUCCGUUUUCGCGGUUCGUUCACGUCGAUGUUGUGUUGUUCUUGUUUAGAAAGCAGCAACAAAAAUUAGUUGCAACUUGCAACAACACGCACAAGCACACGCACAAGCACACGCACACUCACACACAGCCAAGAGUGCAGGUGUUCGCUGCUCCUACCUACCUACAUACAUACAUACAUACUUAUGUACAUGAGCAACAACAACCGCUUUAGUGUUCGAAUGUCGCGCGCUCUCUCGGUCGGCUCUGUGGCUCGAGUUUCGUUUUGUGGCGGCGGUGCCCGAUUUGCAUAAUUUAUAGAAAUUAUUGCUGCCAGCAGCAGCAGCGCCAAUAUCAAUAGCAACAGAAAUAAACUGUUGUUUAGUGAAUUUGCAUCAACAAGUUUUCGCUCCAAGUGUGUCAAACCUUGAAAAUUCUCAGUAAAAGGUGUUGGAUGAAAAAAUCUCAAGUUUUCUCAAGCAACGAGCAACAAAUUAGUGAGCUGCGCAUAAACAAAUUAAAGCCGAGCCACCAAAUUAAAGAGCGCCUAUUAAAAAGAGAACCAACAGUCUUCAACCACAAUAACGAAUUGGCCGAGCAAUAGGAAAGCCAAUCAGCAGUUCCAUGCAAGAGUUCAAAAUUGACUUUACUCAUCAGCAUUCAAUUUCAUCAGUAAUUUAAUUCAAAUACAAGCAGCAGACGACGCAAAACUAGGAAAAGUCAACUACUAAAACGACUGCAACAAUUGUCAUUGUCUUGGCAUUUGGAAACAUUUUAAUUGAAAAACUUUUUUGCCAAAGCCAAAAGGAGGGAGGAGUGACGGCGGGCGAGCAUCAGGCAACAAAUAUGACUGUCAAAUUGGCUAAGCUCUUUGGUUCGAGCACCAGCAACGGCAAUAAUAACGGCAGCAGCAGCAACAACAACAACAAUAACGGCUCACAAUUGCCGCCUCCUUUGCCACCGCCAAAUGCCAAUAUGAAACAGAAAUAUUAUGAUCAUCAGCCAGCGGCCAUUUACGGUAAUGCCUAUGACGACGACGACGACGAUGAUGAUGUUUUAAACGAUUACGAUGACAACAUGUCCCUCUACUCGAGCAAUAUGGCCAAUCCGGCAUGCAUGCAACGAGGCCAUCUCUACAACAACUCUCAACGCCCACUUCUGGGCGAGCGCAAGCCCAAUGCUGUGGUUCCUCAACUGCUGCCCAAAAAGAAGCUGCCUCCCAUACCCACGCCCCCGUUGCACAUGCAGCCACUAAAUGUCACAGCGUCAGCAGCAAUAGCAACAUCAGCAGCAGCAGCAGCAGCAGCAUCAGCAGCAGCAACUACCACCUCCAGGGAGGAGCGUUCCUAUAUUUCGCCCUAUGUGCAGCAACAGAAACGGGAUAGUGCCAAAGGUCUGCAUGGCUUCAAUGAUUUCGAUGCGCUCUCCCAGCAAUACAAUCAACAUUUGCAGAGUCCUCACAUUGGCUAUCCCUAUGGCAGUCCACCAUCGCCGACAGCGCAGUCCAGCGAUUUUGUGUUUGAGCCGCUUCAGCAGCAACAUGCCCAUGCCCAUGCCCAUGCGAAUGCCCAUGCCCGUCAUCAUUACUAUGAACAGCAACAGCAUCAGAAUCAGAAUCAGCAUCAGCUGCAUCAUGGCAAGGCCGUGUCCACCUCCUCGACGGGUACAUCAAAAUCAAAUUGCUCCUCCACAUCAACAUCGCCGGCAGCUGUGGCCAACGUACCGCCAGCAACAUCAUCAAUAGCUCCCCUCUAUGGCAAUGUAGGUAGCUAUCAGCAAGAUGUAUACUUGCCAUCACAUUACCUCGGCCAUCCGUCACGUUUCGAGGAUGACUUCUGCACACGCCGCAACAUGGACUUUCAACAGCAACAUCAACAGCAACAACAACAGCAACUGCCGUCCACUGGUCCCUUUAUAUUUGGCAUCUCACAUGAGCAACAGCAAACGGAUUAUGGAUUGCAACAGCAACAGCAACUGCAACUGCAACAACAACAACAUCAACAGCAGCACAAUAAUCUGAAACAGUUGCCACAUACUGUGAUAAACGCCACAUCGCCUGUCAAGGACCACAAUGGCUCACUGCAGCAACAAUCGUUGAGCGAUACAAGUGCGGACAGCGGAAAAGGUGCCAAGUUUUUAUUGCGAAAACGCAAAUCGAAGAAGACAACAGCCGCCGCAACAACAGUUGCAGUUGCAGCUGCAGCCACAACAACAACAACAACAACAUCAGGAACAGGCAGCAGCGAGCACAAAGCCAAGAAAAAGGCACAGCAGCACCAGCAACAGAAACAGCAACAACAACACAGGCAGCCCACCAUCAAGUGCGUCCUGGUCGGCGAUGGGGCUGUUGGUAAAACCAAUUUGAUCUUGUCCUAUUUGGAGAACCGCUUCAACUCGGAGCAUGUGCCAACGGCAUCAGAUAUUUAUAACGCCGACGUCAUGGUCAACGACAGUCCCGUUCAUUUGACACUCUGUGAUACCGCCGGACAGGACACAUUGGAUCCACUCCGCGAGCUCUGCUACCCGGACAGCGAUGUCUUUCUGCUCUGCUUCUCGGUGGUCAAGCCGGAAACGUUUGACGCCAUCAAAGCCAAAUGGGCGCCCAAGUUUGCCAAAAGCAAGGCGGCCCUUGUAUUGGUGGGCACUCAGGCCGAUCUGCGCUCCAAUCUCAAUGUGCUCAACAAAUUGCAGACAAAUGGCGAGAAACCAAUUUCGUAUGCAGAUGCCUGGGAUUUGGCAACAACAAUUGGCGCCAAAUACAUCGAGACUUCGUCAGUCACGCAGGACAAAGUCAAGGAGGUAUUUGACACGGCUAUUUGGGAGGGUUUGGUGCCGACCACGUUGCCCCCCACACCUUCGUUUUGGAAGAAGCUCUUCUGCUUGGCCUGAGCAUCUGAAAAGAAUGAACAUUUCAAACAUUUUGUAGUCUUCAGAUGCUUAUGUUAAUUCCUACGUAUAUGGAUGUACAUGGAUGCAUCAGUACAUUUUAAUGCGUUUUUUAAAUAUAUUCUAUUUGUUUAGCUGUGCUUUAAUUUAAUGCACACGCACUGACUGAUCUUUAGGUAUUAAUUAAAACAGUUGAAAAAAAAAACAACCAACAAAUUAAAAAACAAUACAGACAUUUAAGGCAAUUUUCAAUUAAUGUAAAUUCAGUAAGCACUACAAUACUAUUUAAAACAUUUGCCUAAUUAUACACACAUGCGAUAUAUAUUUUUUAUUAAUAAUAUAGAUACAAACAGCUGUAUGUACAUGUAGUUUAUGGGCUGAAGUGGGCAGCGACGUUUCAAUUUAUUUUUUAACAACGCGUUUUUUUCUCUAUUUGUUAAAUGCUAGUUGUAUUGUGCUGAUAAUUAUUGUAAUUAUUUAGGUAAUAUAAGUAUAAGUAUUUAACUACUUUCGUACACAUACGCACAAACAAAUUUACUAUAUUUUGUCAUCAUUCCAU